AUGUGCGAACCUUUUUGCUCCGGCUGCUCCGCUGGCGAGCUGAUCGGUGCUCCCGUGGAUUUUAGCCAGACACCGAAGUCCGGUGUGGACUUUGGUCCGCACGUCUUCGGCUCACCUGAUCCUGAUCUCGCGAUUCUCCGCUCCUGUCCUGAUCUUAUUGAGCUUGAUAAUACUGUAAUUCAGGAUAAACCUACCUUAGCGGAGAUGUUGAACGCAGGCAAUGAUGUGGAGGAAUCGCCGCUUGACACGACGGAAAUCAUCAGCGAUGUCCCCGUGGAGAUUACGACGGAAGAUUCGCCGCUUGACACGACAGAGAUCAUCACUGAUACACCCGAGGAGAUUAUGGCGGAUGAUCCAUCGCAGGACACACCGGAAGUCAUCAGCGAAACUCCCGAGGAGAUGACGACAACAGGAGGAGGACGUUUCCACAGCGAAGCGGAAGUGGGCGACAGCCGGCCGGAGUCGGUGGUGGAUGCGGCGAUGGACGCGACGCUGGUGUCGGAGGAGACGCAGGCCAGUGAGCCGGGCUCGCUGGCGCCCAGCGACGCCGGUUCGCUGAUGAUGGGCGCGUCGGGGAGUGAAGCGUCGCUGUCACGCAGUCAGUCGGAGGAGAUUGGGCUGCCCAGUAUUCCGGAGGCGGUGGAGGAAGAGAAGGAUAUGUUCGAGGAUACGCAGCCGCAGACGGCGUCCAGCUCCAGUUCGCCCAAACCGGUGCCCAUUCCGCGCAGUCAUUCCGGCAGUAAAGUGAAGGGAAAACGUCAGCCGGCGCAGUUGAUUUCCUUGUCGCAGCCGGUGGGCCCAGCGGCGACGGCCCAUGCGGAGGCGGAAGUGAAGCAGCGUCGCCGCGGUCGCACGGCGUCUGUGGCGAAGAAACCCGAGGAAGAGCCGCCGGCGCAGCGCCGCGCUCCGCCCCGCCGAGCCAAACAGGCGGCGGUGGAGAAGAUGCACGUGGCCAAUAUACGCACGAAACGCGGCCAGAGUGUCGAUUCGGCGGGUACGAGUCAGCCCAAGAUUUCCCGCGCCGCCAGUCACAAGUGAUAGGAUGCAUUUUUUUGUCUGUUGAUUAAGUUAUUUAUGGAUGUGAAUACUUUGUGCAGUGGCCGUUUUUAAAACUGCGUUGCAUUUUGCUUGAAUCGUUUGAAAAAUGUUGAGGCACUGCGGUUGUUUGUAAUUUUGUACAUUUGUUGGGAUUCUGCGGGAUUUUUUUCCAUUAGUUACUCCUUUCUGAAAUGCCUUUCUGAAGUCCGCGUUUUUUCGAUCGAAUUGCCCGUUUUCUUAGCGCGUCUUACGCAUUUUAUACGCGAUUGCGGAAAUGUUCAAUAAAAGCACGUUUUAA